AUGGGAACAGUCGUAAAUGCAGGCUCAUGGACCUCCUUGGAACCUAAAUUGAAAACAUUGGCCACAAUCGGUUUUUUAGAAAUGACUCCUGUACAAGCUAGCACAAUUCCAUUAUUUAUGAAGAGUAAAGAUGUAGUUGUUGAGCUACCUGGUGUAUCAAAGGGUUCUGGUAAAACUUUAGCUUUUGUUAUACCUAUUAUUGAAAAAUUGGUUAAUAGAAAGCAUCGAUUAAGAAAAAACGAAAUUGGUGCUCUGGUCAUUACACCUACGAGAGAAUUGGCACAACAAAUUUCAUCAGUUUUCUCAAUAUUUCUUAAUUCAUCAUCAUCACUAUCAUUGGAUAAUCAAUUGCCAAAACACCUACUAGCAAUCGGUGGCAGUACAACAAAUAUCAGCGAAGAUAUUGAAAAAUUUAAAGAAAUAGGUCCAGAUAUACUCAUAGGUACACCUGGACGUUUACAUGAUUUAAUAGUUGGUAGAAAUACUGGUAGUAGAAACAACAACACCAGCAAUAGUAUAAGCAUAGUUAAUACUAAAGAACUUGAAAUAUUGGUGUUGGACGAAGCUGAUCGAUUGUUGGAUAUGGGAUUUUCGGAAAAUAUUAAUACGAUAAUGUUACACCUGCCAAGACAAAGAAGAACUGGGUUGUUCUCGGCUACGAUGACUGAUGGUUUAAGUGAAAUUGUACGGGCUGGAUUAAGAAAUCCAGUCAGAGUUGUAGUUAAAGUUGAAGACGUUGUAACAAAAAAUGAACAGAGAACGCCUGCUACAUUACAGAUUGGAUAUAUUUUGUGUGAGCCACAUCAAAAAUUAUCACAAUUAAUAAGAUUGAUGAAAAGUGAAAAAGUCGCAAAAAAAUACAUAAUAUAUUUUUCUACAUGUGCAUGCGUUGAUUAUUUUUACAAAAUAUUUGUAAAAUUACCACAAUUUAGUGGAGUGUCAAUUCAUUCACUUCAUGGAAAAAUGGAUACUAAAAGAAGAACAGCCACAUACAAAUCAUUUGUUAAUUUACCAACAACAUCAACCGCAAUUCUACUAUGUACCGAUGUUGCAGCAAGAGGAUUAGACGUGCCUGAUGUAGACUAUGUUAUACAGGUAGAUCCACCACAAGACCCCAAAGUAUUCUCACAUCGUUGUGGAAGAACUGCAAGAGCUGGUAAGGAAGGGAAAGCGAUGGUAUUCUUGGGAAUUGGACGUGAAGAAGUUUAUAUAGGUGGGAGUUGUAACUCAACAGUUUUUCAUUCAUAUAUUUUAUCGAAUGGAAAAAAUCUCACUACUGUUGAAAGAGAAAAUGAUGAAUUAUUAGAGCAAAUUCGUAAAAUAGUUUUAACGGAUAGAGAUUUACAUGAUAAGGUAAUUAGCAGAUAUUUAUGUUUAUUAUCGUCGUAUUCAAAACAUGAAGCAAGUUAUAUUUUUAGAUUAAAGGAUUUAGAUUUAGGCAAAGUUGCCAAAGGUUUUGGUUUACUAAAAUUGCCAAGAAUGCCAGAAUUGGCUAAUGCAAAGAUUGGAUUUGAUGAAGUUCAAAUAAAUGCAAAUGAGUGGGAUGAAUUGCAAAAAGAAGAAAGAUUAAUCAAAAAGUUGAAAAAAGGAAAAAUUAGUCAAGAAGAAUUUGAUAAACAAUUUGGUGAUUUUUGA